AUGGCUCGCUCGCCGGGGCGACGUGGCCUCCCCGUCUUCAUCGCCGGUCGCACGCCUCCAGCCCUCGUAGCCUCGCAGCAUCCCCGCGCCAUCGUCGGGCACCUCGCGCCGCUCGCCGUCGCUCGCCGGCGCCGCCUCGCCGUCCCCGACGCCUUCCUCCGCUUCGGCCCCGUCGCCCCCUUCCUGCUCCUCUUCGCCCCCUUCGACGUCCCCGACAGGCACCCCGCCACAAUGGAUGAUAAGAGCGAUGUCAACUUUGAGAAGAUUGGCCGGUCCGUGGAGAAGUCAUGGCAUACUUUGCUAUACAAGGACCGUAACAUUGUGCCUGAAGCUGUGGACCAAGGCCCGGAUCCAACCUGCGUAUUCUGCAGUUUUACAAAAGGGGGUCAAAUGGAGAUCCAUCGCAUAUUUGCAGACAAGGGCAUUCCAUGCGACAUCUGUUUAUUUCCCAAGUCGAUGGUGGAAGAUUAUCUUGCUUUGGAUGGAAUUGAUAUGACAUUGUUCUGUCAGAACAAGGACUCUCUGCACAGGUCCUUGACAGCUAGCUAUAUCUUUCGAGAGUAUGGUGUCGAAGCCACAAGCUCUGACUGGAAAGGCACUACUCGCCUUGCAAUGAAAAGCUGCACCUAUCUAGGCGACACGAUUGCAUUUGAUCAGGUCGUGGAAUUGCUUGAUAAGGGCAAGCCGGUGCUUGCUAUGAUGAUCAUGGGUCCUGAUUUUUGGAUGCUUGGCGAUGACGAAAUUUACAAAUGCAAACCUGUCUUCUUGUCAGGAGUGCUCCAAAAGCCGUUUGAGUACCACAGGGUACUCCUGACUGGACAUGGAGAGACGGAAGUAACAAAGGAGAAGUUUGUUCCAUUCCUCAACUCCCACAGCAACAAGUUUGGGCAGAACGGUGUUGGGCGUGCUUACUUCGAGGACCUAAUGUGGUUUUUCACUUUGGAGGGCACCUACCCACCACUUCUUCGACAUCAGCCGCCUAAAGUUAAUGCACUCAACCGACCAAACCUCGACAAACUAAGGCGGCGGCCCGAGUGUGAUAAUCGACCAAACCUUGACAUACGAAGGUGGCGGCCUGAAUGUGAUAACCGACGAAACCUCGAUAAACCAUGGAGGCGGCCUGAGUGUGAUAAUGGAGCAGUGAAACAAAUGCAGGCACCUGGAAGAGCUGACGCUGCUUCCUCUUGGCGUCUUGACAUGCCCCAGCAGAUUACUAAGGUGACCAAUGGUACUGCUUGGAAUGGUACAACCUGUCUCCGUGUUUUAACGAAGGAAAUAUUUGAUCAAGGUUGCAAGCUUAUGGCAUCUGGAGUGAAUGGAAUUGAUUUGAGAGAUGGUAUCUGCAUGGCAGUUGAUGAUGUCGUGAGAAACUUGAAGAGCAUGGCCCGAAUGAUAAACACUUUUCAGGAAAUAGCACAGGUGGGUACUAUAUCAGCUAAUGGGGAGAAAGAACUUGGCGAGCUCAUUGCAAAGGCUAUUGUGAUGGUUGAUAAGGAGGAAGUUAUCACCAUUGUGGAUGGUAGCACUCGAUGCAGCGAGCUUCAAGUUGUGAAAUGCAUAAAGCUUAAGAGAGGCUACUUCACUCGACACUUUAUUACCAACCAAAAGAACAAAACAUGUGAACUAGAUGAUCCCUUAAUCUUCAUACAUGAUAAGAUGGUAUCCAAUGUUCAAGCCAUCAAAGUGUUGGAACUUGCUAUCACGGUCUGCGCGGUCAAAGUUCCUGGUCAUGGAGAGAACAUGGAACUCAAUUUACUUGCUAUCGUUACAGGCGGGCAAAUCUUUACUGAAGAAAAUGGAAUGAACCUUUUGCCUCACACACUUGGCACUUGUAAGAAGGUCAUAGUAUCUGAGGAUGACUGCACAAUCUUUGGUGGAGCCGCUGAUGAUAAUACUAUCGAGAACAGAACUAAGCAGCUGAGAUCUGCAACUGAGAAAAGCACGGGAUUGGCAGAAAUGUAUUGUUGUGCUAUUACUAUGAAGAUUGGUGGAAUGGAUGAACUGGAGAUUGGUGAGAAGAAAGACCGAGUGACACAUGCGCUAAAUGCCACGAGAGCUGCAGUUGAGGAGGGCAUUGUACCAGGUGGUGGUGUUGCCCUGGUUUAUGCGGCAAAAGACCUGGAUAAGCUGGACACUGUAAAUGUUGGCCAAAAGAGCGGUGUUCAGAUUAUUCAAAAUGUCUUGAAGAUACCAUUUCACACCAAUGCUUCAAGUGCUGGUCGUGAUGGUGAUGACAUUCUUAGCAAGAUCUUAGAGCAGAACAAUACUGGCCUGGCAUAUGAUGCUGCCAAAGGUGAAUAUGCCGAUAUGCUGGAGGCCGGUUCCAUUGAGCCAUUUAAAGCGAUCAGAAUAGCCCUGAUGGAUGUCCAACGAGAGUCAUGUCAAAUGUUAACUGACACAGGCGGCCACUUGAGCCCGAAGGAAAGAACGCAGAACAAGCAAUUUGCGGUGCCAUGAGCAGGACGUUUUUAACCUGCUUUAACUCUGAUUACUAAGUUUACAUUUAGGUUUGAACAUCUUAUAAUUUGGAACGGAGGGGGCACUUAUUUGCACUAUCGAUCCGUGUCACUCUGUUUCAUGCCUCGAAUAUUUGUUUGAGACAACUGUUACAGCCUACCAGGACUAUGUUGCCUUUACUUGCAAGAAUGCUCAACUUUGCUUCAUGCUUAGUGGAGCUGGUUUACUUAUUUGCAACCUUGCUGUAGAGCCAGAUGACGCCAGCCAAGAGCCACCCGCUGACCGUCUA